AUGCCGGAGGAACAUCCGCUGGAGCGGUUCAAAAAGAUGCUAUUUGAUGAUGUGUCCAUGGAGGAUAUACAGGAGCAGGAUGAAGUUGAAUGCACACAGGGUCAGUGUUUCAAUAAUUCCAGGUUUGAGGAUAAGUCUCUAGACAAAACCAUAAACAAUCAGAUUACAAAUGAUGAGAAUAUUCAUCGGAGCAAGAAAAAAUGUGGCUAUAGCCAGUAUAUUUCCAGCAAAAAUGGUGCUGGAUAUGAUGUACAGCGGGCUAAUAACAGUGUGAAGACUAGGUCCCGUACAUCUCCGCGCCAACUCGAGAUUCUUGAAAGCGUAUGCCGAACAACACUAAAACCUAACAAAGAGCUGAGAAUCCGACUGGCUAGAGAAUUAAAUAUGACAGAAAGACAGGUUCAGAUUUGGUUCCAAAACAAGAGAGCCAAGAGUAAGAAAAUGGCAGAGAAGGACGGGCCGUUUGAAAACUUAUAUGAGAUGGGCAGAUAUGAUACGAGGAGCUUUUCAAUAAACGGAUACGAGCACAGAUAUCCAUAUACCAGUCCGUACAAAACUGAAUACACAACCAACGUAGACUACACAUAUCCCCAUAGUGUCCAGGACUAUGAGAGCAAAUGUAUGGAUGCUAUGGAGCCAUAG